AUCAAUAUGACAAUUAGCUCGACUCGGUGGCUUGUUUAGCACAACUUGUGAGCUUAUUCGUUUUGAGUUCAUGAGAUGUCUUAACAUUAUGUCUAGCAAGCCAACUCUAUUACCUGCUUUUGAUCAAAUCAACCUCUAUCUUAUGAGUUGGUUUUGUUGUUAAUUCAUAGAUUUGUGACUCACUUCUACUGUCACUCUAGGAAUUGGCCAAGUGAAACCACUCCCUAAAGUGUAGUAUAGCGGGUUUGGGUUUAAAUGUCAACCAGGGUCCUAGAUUUGAUGACUACUCGGUGAAUUCUUGUUAUCUAGCAAUGAAACUUUAAUGCAAGUCUAAACUAACAAACAAACAAAGCAAGUAAACUGUUGUAUUCAGGUUAAGAGAGGUCACCCGGAUAUGGUUCCCCCUAGACUGCAGUUAAGCCGGAUUGCAAUUACCAAGUUCAGUUUCUAUGAUAGUUAUACUGCGGAAGGUUCUUAAACAGCCUGAAGUCUCGACUAAAGGUCUUCAGACCCUCUCAAUCUGAGUCUCUAGCGGGCGACUAACCUCCACCGGAGUAAACAGAUUGAGGCCCUAACAACAAAACCUCCACUACCGAAGCGAAUUCGGUACAGAAUAGUGAGUUGGCUCCUCGACUAAAGUCACCAACUCCCUACCUUCAAUCAAGGAUGCUCUAUCAACCUAGGCAGAUAUUCUCAUUCUAGGUUAAAGCAGAAACAACAGGAAUUUGAUCAGGAUUCAUGCCAUUCAAUCAUUCAAACCUCAAUUGAAUAUAAUCAAAUCAUAGAAUCAGUACUUGGGUUCAUACAAUCAAACCUAACAUACUAAUCUAGGGUUCUCCAUACCCAGAUGAAUGGGAGAACUACUCCAUGGAGAAAGAAGCAAAAGCAGAAUCAGACGCGGAAUUCAUACUGUGAAGGAUGGAUUCCUGCUCCUGGACGUUGAUUGGCACUCCUCCAAGCUCAAGCCAAGCUCCAAUGGUGAUGAAGAUCAAGCUAGGGCACUUGGAGACUCUUGUUCGUCGCUUUCUCUCUCUAGGAAUCGCUCUGUUUCUCUAAAACUUGAAUCCCCCUCUCUUUCGGCUGAAAUCUGCUUAAAAAGGCAUCACUGGGCAAAGCACGGUCGAGGGCACGGCCGUGCUUUGCUCCAGCCCGCCCGUGCUUUGGCUAGGGUUAAUUACACAGCCAGCCUGUUGGGAGAAACACGGCCGUGCUUUUGGGUGGACACGGCCGUGUAAUUUCUCAGCCCUGCCCGUGUUUUCAGCUCGUGUUUGCCAAACUCAAAUCAGCUCUCGGCAGUAAAAGCACGGCCUAGGAGCACGGCCUAGGAACACGGCCGUGUUCUGUUUUAAGUGUGCCCGUGUUUUGGCUCCAGCUCCACCGAAUGACUUCUGAAUGCCCUGAAACUCGUGUUUAGCCUUUCCUUUGACGCCUGGGACCUGAAAUAUGACAAAAUAGCACAACCCGGCGUAAAAUAGGCCAAAAUACACGACUAUGCCCCUCAAACGGAUAAGAACUAGGGGCGCAAAUAUGUGCAAUUACAUCGUUAUCAAAUUCCCCCACACUUAACCGAGGGACAAGCAAACCAAGUCAGACACAAGGUAAGCUCAAAACGUUUUGCUUAAGGGCAUAUCAUAUCGGCACAAAAACGUGGAUCAUACUGGCUUUCGAUCAUUAACACAUGGACAACCUCAAUGAAAACCUAGACAACCACCACAGAUGACAUCCGAAUGCAGUAAUAUCGAGCAAAGGAAGAGUCUCCCUUCUGUUCACCAACCAACAUAGACUUGACUCAACCACUUAUUCAAAACAGUCACAUCAUGCACAAAGCUCAAGAUAUCAGAAUUAAGACCGAGCAAUCUAGGUCCUCAUCGGGAUAAAGAGUAUAGAAAAUAAGAGAAAAUGAAUCGCUCACUCUCGACCAGUGGGGUCAGGACAAUUUGAUGCGAAAAAUGCGCAUGCUUAAUCUCUCAAUCCCUAACAUCUCCUCAUCAUGAAUGCAGCCUCUAAGUGCUAGAGUUCACAUAUGGGGUGUCACCACUAACUAAUCCGGAGGUCUUAGACACAGGUUCAGAUGACUGGCUAGGGUCUUGGACAUGGGGAAAAGGCUUUUUAGGUGGUGGAAGUAUUCAUACAGCACAAGGUUCCACAUUUCCAAACCCAACAAACUCGCAGUCAAGCAAACCAAUACUUUCUUUCUGCUAUUCUGCAUUACUCAAAUUCAGAGCACAAGAGCGAAGGAGGUUACAUAAAUGCUAGUAUUUCUAAGCCAGACUGCUAAGAAACACUACUAAAUGGGCAUUAUUCAG